GCGCCGCUUGAGGGGGCUCAUCUUGCACUUCGGCGACCACCAGACAAGAAGAAGCUCCAGGGUUCGCGACUGCGGCAAAAACGAAUUGCGGAUCAAACUGCUAUUUCCAAACAAAGUUACUUCGAUCAUGAAGUACGGAGGCGCCGUACUGGUUGCUGCUCUGUGCGCUGCGUUUUGGACCUCGGGUUCCACUUUCAGAAUGCCGGCCGCCGAGCACCUCGCUAACUACGCAAGUUGGCCUUUUUGGGUUUUUGGGCGGCCACACCGCCUUGGCAGACAACACCAAACAGCCGCAGAACUUCCAAAGGUGGACCCUGAGGUCCUGCACACGUCAGUGAAGUUUGGGGAGAACGUGAUAGGGCGACUGGCGCGACUUGAAAAGACUUUGGCUAACGCCGACGUCCGCGUGAGACCCGGUUCAGCACCCCACGGACAGUUAAUUGCAGGCAACCCUGUAGACGGUGCCCUUGAGCGACACCGACAGGCCCAGGUCGCGGUCAGAGCCUCGCAAUUCAUCGCAGACAACAACUGCAAAAGAUUUGAUCUGAAGGAACGCCGUUGUGGAGAACUAGUCAAUUCGCUGAGCCUCGACGGCACUGAUUUAAGCGCGCACUGCGACACGGCGGUCGAUCUUGAGUGCAACACAACAUCGCCUUUCCGCAGCAUCGACGGUUCAUGCAACAACCGGCGUCACCCUGUUUGGGGAAGGUCGAUGACCGCCUACCAACGUAUGCUGCGAUCUCAGUAUGGCGAUGGUUUGCACCAAAUGAAAAAGUCGCAAAGUGCAGCUGCGCCUUUGCCGGGCGCUCGCGAAGUCAGCGCUACUCUGGCCGCGGACAAGGAGCGACCGGACAGGGAGGCCACGAUGGCCGUAAUGCAGUGGGCUCAGUUCGUCGGACUUGACCUCGCACACACACCCUCUGCCAAGAUGGUUUUUACGGGCAGUUCAAUUGCUUGCUGCAAACCGGAUGGUGGCUUGUUGCCCCCUCGCUCACUUCACCCCUUCUGUGCACCUAUCCCAGUUCCGGCUGACGACCCUGUGUUCAAAGGACGAAGAUGUCUUGACUAUGUCCGCUCAGUCACGGCGCCCAGACCCGAUUGCAAGUUUGGACCAGCUGAGCAGAUGAACCAAGCGACUCAUUGGCUUGACCUUUCAAUGGUCUACGGCACCACCGAUGAUAUUAGUAGGGGAUUGAGGGCUCACGAAAAUGGACUCCUGCAAACCAGUGACGGCUCUCUUUUGGCUCUCUCUCCAGAACCGACCACUGAUUGCCAAUUGACAACUAAACCACUUGGAGCCUGUUUUAAAUCAGGUGAUAGUCGUGUGAAUGAGCAACCCAUGCUAACUGCUCUGCACACUGCAUGGGUUCGCGAGCACAACCGCGUGGCCAAUACCUUGUACGCUUUGAACCCCCACUGGAAUGAUGAACGACUUUUCCAGGAGGCCAGACGCAUCGUGGUUGCUGAAUACCAGCACAUUACUUUUGACCAUUGGGCACCUGUCCUCCUUGGGGAGCUUUACUCGCGUCAAAUGGGACUGCACAAGGCCGAUUACUCGGAGAACGUGGAUCCCGCGGUGAGGAACAGUUUCGCAACGGCCGCUCUGCACUUUUUGUACUCGAUGAUGCCGGGAAAUAUCCAGCUUACGGAGUCUGAUCGACGUGUGAAUUCAACCCUGCGAUUGAGGGAGCACUUCAAUAAGCCUGGCGUUUUGCAGAAGCCAGGGCGGCUAGACCAACUGCUUAGGACAAUGGCUACUCAAAACGCGCAAAAAGUCGACCUGAUCCACACAGAGGAGGUUACAAGUGGCCUAUUUGCUGGUAACUUGGGUUUGGGUGCUGACGCCCUGAGUUUGGUGGUACAAAGGGGAAGAGAUCACGGCUUACCGGGCUACAAUGACUUCAGAGCAGCUUGCGGUUUGCCGAGAAUGUCCUGCAUUGAUGAAUUAGCCGACUUAAUUCCAAAAGCGGUGGUGAAUCAACUCAAAACCCUGUACGCGAGUGUCAAUGACGUAGACCUUUUUGUUGGAGCGAUGGCAGAACGUCCGGCUGACGGAGCUCUGGUCGGCCCGACCUUCCGCUGUCUAAUUGGCCGGCAAUUGAGCGACACCCGCCGUGCCGACAGAUACUUUUUCGACCUUCAGGACCAAGCUGGAUCCUUUACUCCAGAGCAACUAACAAACAUCAGAAAGACGAGUUUGGCGCGAGUUUUCUGCAGCAACGGCGACCAAAUUAAGUUUAUGCAACGCAAUGUCUUCCUCGCACCUAGAACCAAGGGGAGUUUGGCCGGUGACACGCAGGACGCGAGCGUGGCCCGCUGUUCGGACUUGCCAGACCUCGACCUAUCGCCCUGGAGGGAACAAUCAGUUUAGCCCAAAUUUGAAAUGCAAGGCAAGGCCAAAUUGUAAAUAUCUCAGGUUAAUAUAAUAUAAUGAACAAUUCUACAAAUAUGAAAAGUAUUUCAGCACUGAUAUAUUAAAGGACUCAAAUUUAUAUAAUUUUACUAAAAAUCGUGUGAAGAUUCGACUGAAAAUGAGUUUUUAAUAAUGUUGUGUGCGAGUGGUUAAAUGAAUUAAAUAGUUUGUAAUAAAACUGCUACAUCAUGAGUGCAAUACAUAUAUACUUAUGAUUUUGUUUCCUCUCACUCUCGGCAGUCCGGUUUUUGUUGAGAACUAACAAAUAUAGCCUUGAUUCAUUCAAGCGAAUAGUUAUAGAAUAAUUGUUUUGGUCUUUCAUU